UAUUGCGACCAACAACUAUAGAGAGCUAUACGGAAGCCGCGGGCGCGGUGUGGUUUAUUCUUUCUGUAUAAAAAAUCAUCCAAUUCAAUCCAAUCGACAGUUGUGAAUUUCAGUCACGGAGUUUAAGCAAACAGAUUAUGAAAAUGUACAAAGGUUUGCAGUGUUUGAUUAGUAUAAGUCUGGUGUUAAUUGUGAAGUCUCAGAACACAGACCUUGCCGCCAUAGAUCCACAAGUACUGUGCAGUCCCUGUAAAAAUCGAGGGUCGUGUGAUGUAGCCGUUAUGGGGGAGUGUACCCAGUACUAUAGCUGUAGGAUGGUGGACAAUAACUGGUAUUAUGUGAAAAUGAAUUGUGCUCACGGAACCCACUUCUCUGAGGCAUCAGGGGGAUGUUUAAAGCCAGAGGAUGCCAACUGCCCAUACGAUCCUUGUGCCAAUAAAACCAGUGGUUUCUACAAGCUUGAGGGUUUCUGUCGUUCAUACUGGGAGUGUAAAAGCCGGAAUUUCGGAGGGAUAUCCGAGGCCCAUUGCUGUCCCGUCAAUCAAACCUUCAGUCCGGAUGGGAAAUGCGUAGAUGACCCAACUUGUGACAAUUUUGAAGAAUGCACCACUCUUCCAGGCGAGGGCAUUAUCAAUGAUGUGGUCUGCCCUGAAGGAAGGUAUGGAUCUGGUUGUAGAUAUAUCUGUUCAGAACACUGUAUUGGAACUUGUGAUUCUGUUAAUGGAGAAUGCUCAUUAUGUGCCAAAGGAUGGAUGGGCUCCAAGUGCAUGGAAGAAUGUCGUUACAAGACUGUUGCAGAUAAUAUUUACCUAUAUAUGGAGGAUGUUGGUGCCGGAAAUGAGAUCAAGCGAGCUUGUGGAUUAGGAACAAUGUUUAACCAGGACAAGUGUAUCUGUGAUAAAGAUCCAAAUUACGUCAUAAACAAAGAAUGCAAAGCAGAUGUUGAAAUAGCUUUUGAAUCUGGGAAUCAAGUCAAGAAUACAAUCGACUGGAAGUGGAUCGGCGGUCAGUUCCGGUCCAUUGCAGAAACCGUCCCUCUCGGCGGCAAUGUCUACAAGGUCGGCAGAUUUGAUGGCACAAAAUCCAACCUGUACAUCCCCUUCUAUAACCGGAACACAGAAAUGAGGAACCAGUUUGCCACCGAAAUCCUCUUUAAUCCGGAUAAUGGCAAGGGCGAGAAGGAACAAAUUCUUAUCUCUAAUUGUCAAAGUGCUAAUAACAAGGCCCUGGCGCCAUUUGAAAUCAAACUCUUAAAAGACACUCAGGAUAUUCAGAUUAGUUUAGAAGGUGUUCCAACCGACGCCACUAACGCAGAACCAGCAUCCUUUUCCGUCACAAUGAAAUACAAGCCUGACGAUUGGAACAAGCUUGAGGUUGUGUUUAACGGAGCGAAGAGUUCCCUGACGGCACGGAAUAUGGAUUUGUCAGGCGGCGUCAUAAGUGAGGGAAGCACAGCUGUCCAAAGUUUCCUUGAAAACGGCCUUGAUCUGAGGAUAGGAUGGUGCCCAGAAAAAGGAUACUUCGUUGGAAAAAUGGCAAUGGUUCGAACGUAUCUUUGUGAGCCUCAGUUUGAACUCAAUACACAACCUGCAGCAGACACAACUGGUAUUGACGCUGCACCAGCUGACGUUGCUGCUGCCGAUGUUGCACUGACUGACAUUGCAGUUACUGGAGUUGCGCCAACAGUUUAAUCCAAAAACCAUUGGAUAGAUAUAGAGACAAUUUUUUGCACUUUCAUACAUCUCCUUAUGUUCCUUUUGCAUGAUAAAAUAUUUCAUUUUAUCCCAUUUGUAAAUUUUAUUUUGCAUAAUUUCAUUUCAUUUGUCCAUAAAUAUGUAUGUUUUAUUUAUUACUAGAUGUUCAAAUUAUGCAUGUUUCAGUUUACUGAACAUUUCCCCCAGGCAUUAAUAUGUUACUGGUAAUAAACAUGCCGGCGAAAUCCUCAUUUUCCCCAUUGUUACGUUUGUUUUUAUAGAAAAACCACUGAAAUAAAAAAAAGAUUAAUUGUA